AAUGGCCAUCCCUCAGCAACUUUAUCACUCAGAGACAGACUUUCUGCAGCGGUCUAGCCAAAGAGCAAACUGUUGGUCCACGAGGGAUGAAAGUUCUACUCUAUUGUCCUUUGACAUGAUGCAGAUGUGGAAUAAACCUGCUGUGACCACAAGCCUGACCAGCUCUGGGAGAUCCAUUUAGACAGAGGACAUGAAGAUUAACUGUUUUCAUGCCAGCAGAAACUUCACAGUUUGUUUGCGCUCUCCUGCUUUUUUGGGGUCGAAUCUACUCCAGCUGGUGAAAGGAUUUAACAUCAGGAAGUCAACCUCCACUGAGGACGACCUGUAAUCCACUCCCUGUGUGAGAGGAGACCGCUUGUGAGAUCACCAGAGGAGAGACUGUGUGAAACGGCAUCCCACAGAGAGAGGGGAUACAGUAUUAGAGACCACGAAAUACGUCUUUAGGUGAAGAGUGACAUUCUGACUCACUGAACAUAAUGGGGAAAAGUAACAGCAAACCUUUGGUUAAGAAGUCAGAGCUGAUGGGAUGUGAAAAAAUUAUGUAUGAGAAACAUGGCGAGUACACUUGUAGACAGCUUCCUUUGUGGGUAGAGAAAUUUGGAUUUCCAGAGAAUGGUAGUUUUAGUGUAUUUCAGAUACAGAAACUCCAAGAGAAUCUGGAAAUGUAUGUGAACAUGAAUGGGAAACACAAAAUAGACUGGGUAGCACUGAUGAUGUGGAAAACUGAGGCAGAGAGAAGACAGAGACGACAAGAUCGUGGGAGGAGGCGCAAGAGGGAGUGUGGGAAAACGAAUCCAUGUCCUCAGCACUCACAUGCACAGGAAGAACCGGAUCAUCUUCCUGCCUCAGCCGCACAUCAGGAGCCUCAGAUUCAACAGCCUGUUAACCCAGAGAGGGAUGUCCAAGGACAGCUGGACGCAGCAGAGCACACCACGCCGGUCCCAAUGACCUCUCCAUCUCCAUUUCACGAGGCCACCAUCCUCCCCUCUGCACGAGAAGUGCUUGUCCCUGUGGCUGGCAGGGACAUGCAGACAGCCCAAGGCAUCAAAAUCACUGAGGUGCGUAAUAUGAGAGAAUCCAGAGAUGUGGUGACAUAUGGCUAUGGAGCCGGGACACCGGACGAGAUGCGAAUAAUCGCCAGUGAACUGCCAGAUGUAGCCAGAUUGCGAGAAUCCAGACAUGGGGUGACGUGUGGUGACGGAGCCUGGACACAGGACGACAUGCGUUUAAUCGCCAGUGAACUUCCAAAUGUCGCCAAACAAGGAGGGACUGCUUUUGUUGCAGAGCUGCCGCAGGUGGUGCAGACAUUCAAACCGAGUCUGAGAGAAAUCAGAAGUCUCCUUCUCCACUGCAUGGGACUGAAAUGGGUGAAAGUAAAAGGAGACUGGCCAGACACUGACAUGUGUUAUGACUGGACUCCGGGCGCUGGAUAUCGCAGACAUGUAGAGAAGCUCUGCGAGAGAAUCAAAUCAACUUUCCCAGCCAUCACGAGAUGGGAUUUGAUAUAUAACUGCAAACAACAGCAUGGUGAAACAGUGUGUGACUAUCUCGCCAGAUUGACGAAAAUCUUCGAGGAAAACAGCGGAAUUACGCCACCAGCUGACCCACAAACUAAUUCCCCAUAUGAACCAGUACUGAAGGAGUUCUUCCUGUUGGGCAUAGAUGAGCAAAUCAUGGACCAGGUAAGCAAAAGUUGCUUUACCUACAGAACAGAACGCUUGUCAUACAUCCUAGCUCACGCCAUCCAUCAUGAAAAACAGAUGAGAAUCUCAGAGGAAAAGAAACAGCAGGCUAGAGCUAAGCAGAGAGACAAGCUCGUGAAGGAAUGGCUCCGAUUUCUGCAAGAAGCAAACAAAGGGAGAGGCAGAGGGCGAGCGCUGAGCAACCAAUCACACAAUGCUGGCCACUGGGGCGGCGGAUGCUGGAAUUGCGGGGACCCUAACCACUGGGCAAGACACUGUAACAGACCAGGGCAGCUGAUGGGACCUUCUGGGUCCCUUCUCAAUUUGGCUUACACUGAGAACGACGAGUGAUGGGCAACAGAGGUGGAGGAGACUCUAGAGUUUCACACCACACACACACACACACACACACA